UCAGCGGAGCGCGCAGGAUGAGCCGGGUGGCUGCGACCCUCCGCGGCUGGGCGAGGCCCCGGGGGAGGCCCCGGAACACCACGCCCGCUCCCGGGAACCAGACAGGCAUCUGUGCUCAGCUCCAGCCACCACCACAGGGCACCUUGCAAGUCCUCCGUGGAGAUGGAACUUCCUUGGGGACUGUGCUCGUGUUCCACUGCCCUUCUGGCCACCAGAUGGUGGGGUCUGGCCUCCUCACGUGUGCUUGGAAGGGGAGCAUCGCUGACUGGUCUUCUGGGACCCCUGUGUGCAAAUCUGUGCCGCCACAUGAGACUUUCGGCUUCAAGGUGGCAGUGAUUGCCUCCAUCGUUAGCUGUGCCAUCAUCCUGCUCAUGUCUAUGGCCUUCCUCACCUGCUGCCUCCUCAAGUGUGUGAAGAAAAGCGAGCAGCGGCGUGCCAACAGGGCAGCACAGCUGUGGUACCAGCUGAGAGACGAGGACCUGGAGACGGUGCAGGCUGCCUACCUGAGCCUCAAGGGACACAACUACAAUAACAGCAGCAGUGGCUGUGGUGAUGGUGGUGGCAGCAAGUCGGGGAUUCGAUCCAGCCAGGCCCAUGACAACCACGGCUUCACCACAGACCUCAGCGACAGUAUCAGACAGUUGGCUGAUGUGACUCAAGGUGUGAACAAGGACCCUUGGACUUCUGGGAUGGGAGCUCCAAGUCCUGGUGGCUCUUCCAGCUCCCCAUACACCCGUGUGAUGGUCCACACAGUGAACCCAAUGGUACCAGGCCCUGAAAUGCCCACUCGGCCUACCAUGUACCUCCCAGGAUGACCCCACCAGCAAGUGGCCUGCUACUGGACAGAUGCCCAGCUGGAAAUGGGCUGUGCAGUCACCUCCAGGUAUGGGGAACCUUUGGUGGUCAAGCCAACACUAAAGGCUGGGGUCCCCACAGGGAAUGGACUGGCCCAGAGGAGGCCACUGUGGCUGCCUUACAUACCUGCUCACUGAAUGACUACUGGGGCCAGGUCCCUCAGCAGCCACCCUCCAACCAGGGUUCUUUUAAAGAGACUGUGAAACCUUUUAAACAAACCUAGUUUUGCAUAAUAG